AUGGGAGAAAGAGUAAGGAGCCCAGAUUCUGAACAGGAGAGGAAAUCAGAUGAGGAUAAAAAUAGUGACUCCUAUUAUUCAGAUGAAGGUAAUGCAUCUCGUUCAUCCAGCCAGUCGCCAGCACUAAGCUCUCCAUCUACAAGCCAAGAAAAAAGAGAUAACAAAACACAGACUUCAAACAGCCUGUUGCACUACCAAGCCACAAAGAAACUGGAUGCCAAAUAUGCACCAAGCAAAAGGGGAACACGGUGGGGUUUCCGUUCUCAGAGCCUCACUAGGGAUUCUCCUGCAAAAGAUAUAGAUCUUGUUACAAAAAGAGUUCUUUCUGCUAGGCUGCUGAAAAUCAAUGAGCUCCGAAAUGAACUGACUGAACUCCACAUCAAACUGGAUGAGCUGCAGAAGGAAAACAGGGCACUGAAGAGGCUUCAGCACAGGCAGGAGAAAGCCUUGAAUAAGUUUGAAGAUACAGAAAAUGAAAUCUCUCAGCUCCUUGCUCGGCACAACAAUGAGAUUAGAAUAUUAAGGGAGCGCCUUCGAAAAUCUCAGGAGAGAGAACGUGCAACUGAGAGACAGCUGAAAGAUACGGAAGAUGAACUGUACAGGAAAAAAACUGUCUUGCAGAAACUGAAAAAACUGUCUGCAGAUAAGCACCUUGCUGAAAGAGAUGACCUGGCAAAGAAACUAGCCUUAGCAGAGAGCAAGUUGGAGGACAGGGAAAAAAGAAUUAAGGAUCUGGAAAGAAAUCUUGAAUUAAGUGGUAGCAGUUUUCAACGAGAGUUACAGUCAAAGAAAAAAAAGUUGUACGAGGCUCAAGAAGAAAACAGAAUUCUUCAAGAAGAGAUUAAAGAGCUGAAUCAGAAGCUGAAGGAAAAAGAAAGAGAACUUGAAGCAAAAAAUAUAUAUGCUAAUCGUAUGUUGAAGUCAUCACCUAGAAAAGACACAGAUAUUGUACAAAGAAAAAAAGCCAACAACCAAAAUAUUAAAAAGAGACCACAGCUCACAAAAGGUGUACAAACCAGUGGAUGCUUCUCACCUGCAGAACUUCUUCCAGAAUCAGAACUUGUCAGUGGUGACACAGAAAACAAGAAAGAAGGAAUUCUUCCUAAAAUAGAAAAAGAAUCUCAAGACACAGGAUGGAAAGAGCAAACAGAACUGCUUAGACCAGACCAAGACAGGGAGAGGGAAGAGAAACUGAAACAUUUUCAGGAAAUACAGUCCUUAGAGGGGAGGGUUCCAAAACUUCCUGACGAGUGGCAAAGGAAAGAAUAUGACACAAUUAAAAAAGAAAGCAACUUUUUGUUGGAUAAAGAUGAGAAAAUAAAGAUGGAGACAGAAAUUCACAAACCUGAAGUAGAGAGAGAAAGCACUGAAACAUUGGAAGAGCGACGAAAAAGAGAGUUCCUGCUUGCUAAAAUGCAAGAAAUUGAUAGAGAAAUUCCAAAUACAUCAAACAUGAAACCAAUUUCCCAAGCACCACUCAUAAAUACCACAAGAAAAUCUGAUUCCCUGGAAAAAAAAGAGAAAACAAAUCCGUUCUUUGAGAUUCCCGGGAAGGUUACGAAUGGAUUCCCUGUAAAGGACAGCCAGGAUGAUGGCACAAGAGCACAAGGGCAGAAGCAACGAAAUGUAAGGACUGUAGAUUUAAGUAGUGAGUUAGCAUUUGGUAGUUAUGUCCCUUCCUUUGGAAAGGGAUCAGGGAGACCCAGUUGGCUCACUCAAAAUAGUGACAAAUUUGAAGAAAAUGUUAAGGAAAAUACAGAUUUAGAUAGUAAGAAAGAAAAGAAGUCAAAUUUAAUGGAACAACUCUUUGGAAGCAGUGCCAGUACCAUCCUUCUUUCUAAAAAUAACAAUAAACCACCUUGGGACAUAGACUGGGACUCUAGUAAUAAGCCUUUCGUUGAUCAAAACAGUAAAGUAAAAGUAAAAGAAGAUAAUGUGCUUUUUGGUGAAGGAAGAAGCCUAAACAGACACCGUCUGCAGUACACUACAAACAAGCCAGGAAUUACUACCCUUGGUUCUUUAGAAGAUGAAAUUGAAGAAGUAGUCUUACAGUGA